GGGCACACACCAAAUGUACAUCUCACCAUGUCCACUGCCGAAGGCGCCUUGGGGGAACUUCCACCUCCACCCAUCCAACAGGAAGGGCUGACAAACGGGAGUGACGGGGAUGAGAUCAUCACGGUGGAGGAGAGCGCUGUUGGCCUGCAAGCUCUUCCAGUGACACCAGUAGGCGGGGGUGGCGGCUGCGGCAAUGCCUCGGCUGCUAUCGAUGCCUCAACUACGACGACAGCGUCAGAUGGGACGAUACGGACACGCCUGGGGCCCCGACAACACCAGCAGCAGGCCAGCCCUUCUGGUGGUGCUCUCUGCUGCGGUGGUGGAUCCAGUGCCGAUAGCAGCUCCUGCAGCCCUGUAGAUAGGAUAGCUGUCGCCCCAACGAGCGACAGCUAA